CAUCCCUCACACAAAACUUGCUUUUAUCAAUCCUUGCUCCCACACGUUUCUCUACUAAGAUAUAAAAAAACUAAUAUCCUUCUUCUUUAUUUUUUAUAUAAGUUUUAAGAGCUCCAUGGGUAGUGAAGCUUUGGAAUUUUUUUCUUGUGAUAAUAAUAAUAAUAAUAAUGGUUUUUCCUAUGAACCAAAAAAGAACAUAAUUAUGGAGGAAACUGAUAAUCUUUCCAUUAAUAUUCACGAUGGUUCUUGGUUUGAAGAAGAGAUUGAUGUUGAUCUCAAAUGGUCUUUUGCUUUGAACAGUGUGCUGCACAAAGGAACGAGCGAGUACCAAGAUAUUGCUCUUUUGGACACCAAACACUUUGGAAAGAUAUUGGUGAUAGAUGGGAAGAUGCAGAGUGCAGAAGUGGAUGAAUUUAUAUAUCAUGAAUGUCUCAUUCAUCCAGCUCUCUUAUGUCACCCAAACCCCAAAAAUGUGUUCAUAAUGGGAGGUGGUGAAGGAUCUGCAGCAAGGGAAGCUCUUAGACACAAAUCUAUGGAGAAAGUUGUCAUGUGUGACAUUGAUAAGGAGGUUGUUGAUUUCUGCAAGAAACAUCUAACAGCAAACCAUGAGGCUUUUCUUAACAAGAAGCUUAACUUGGUCAUUAACGAUGCCAAAGCUGAGCUAGAGCAGAGGCAAGAAAAGUUUGAUAUCAUAGUUGGAGAUUUAGCUGAUCCAGUUGAAGGAGGACCUUGUUAUCAACUCUAUACCAAAUCUUUCUAUCAAAAUAUCCUUAAACCUAAGCUUAAUGACACUGGCAUCUUCGUUACUCAGGCUGGACCAGCAGGGGUUUUUACACACAAGGAAGUUUUCUCAUCCAUUUACAACACAACCAAGCAGGUUUUCAAAUAUGUGCUGGCAUAUACAGCUCAUGUACCCUCAUUUGCUGAUACUUGGGGAUGGGUUAUGGCUUCUGAUCAACCAUUUUGUCUUGAUGCUGGAAAAUUGGACAAGAAAAUAGCAGAAAGAAUUGAAGGAGAAUUGUUAUAUCUUAAUGGUGCUUCAUUCUUCUCUUCCACCAUCUUGAACAAGACCGUUGCCAAAACGUUGAAGAAUGAGAGUCAUGUGUAUGCUGAAGAUGAUGCAAGGUUCAUUCAUGGGCAUGGAUUGGGAUUUAGAAAUUGAGUUUCUGAUGGGGGGAACUGUACAGCCAAAUGUUUGGGAAACAAAGGAAUAUGAAUUGUUGAAACAUUAAUGUUUUCUUAAUGAUAUUUGUUAUUUAGUAGCUUUUGAUUUGGUCAGCAGUAUAGGCUUAGGCUGCUCUUCUGAUUGUCCAAUCACUAUAUAUUUACUAUUUCAUGUAAUGGCAAGAUUUGAAAAGAAAAAGAAUCAAUUUCCAUCA